CGAGGUUUCUCAAGACCGCUGAAAAAGAAAGAAAUAAUAGGAAAAGAAUGAAGACAGAAGGAAAAGAAGGGAAUGAUGAGAUCUGACAAACGAGGGACACCAGGUUACCAAGCUCCACAUGUGUUACGAACAUGGCGGCUCUUCUACGUUACGGGGCUGCGAGAUCAUGGAGACUUUUGACAGCUUGCACGGUACGAAAUCUUUCGAUUUACCAACGAAACUCACCGGCUCUUUACCAAGAGAAUAUCUUGAAAGCAUGCACACCCAGUGUUAAUUCCUCAAGGUGUUUAACUUACGAAACUUUGGCGAAUGAAGCUACCGAAAAUACUACAGAGGUCGGAGCUGCGGCCGCGGACUCCCAAAUUGCACGUAAGGAAACGGGCUCCGGUCUGGGGCACUAUCACUACGAGAGAAAUGUAAAGCAACUGGGAACAAUUUUCACGAGGCACCUCCUUCUUCGAACAUUCAACGAAAUUCUUAAACGAGAGGGUCAACUAACAUCCUUACAAGCCUAUCAGACUCUACGGAAUUGUGGCACAGACUUGAUCUUUGAAAGUCCAAAAAGACGAAUUGAGUUAGCACAUUAUUUUUGGGACAGAAUUCUUGAGUUAGGUAUUCAACCCGAUGUUACACUGUACAAUGGUCUUUUGUCUGUGUACAUUCAGAACAAUUACAAAUUUAAUCCUCUCGAGGUUCUGGAGCAAAUGCAGGAGAAGAAGGUGGAGCCUAACAGGACAACAUUGUUACUGCUGAUGCAGGGAUAUGCUGAACAAGGAGAUGUUGCAGGAGCAUUUAAAAUUCUAGAGUUCAUUAAAGCUGCCAACAUGCCACUCACUGAACAAGUGUUUGCAGCUCUUGUCACAGCUUACGGUGCAAAUGGAGAUCCUGAGAGUGCCAAGGGUGUGUUUGACCUUAUGAGGGAAAAUGGUUUUGAGCCAGAUUUGGACAGUUAUGGCGCACUGUUAAUUGUUUACGGUGAAGCUGGAAACUUGGAGGCCAUAGUGAAGACAAUCGACGAAAUGCAAGAAAAGCAUGUUUACCCAAACAGGAAACUAUAUUUGGCCUUGAUGGAUGUGUUGUCAAAACGUGGACACAAUUCUGUGAUUGUAGAGCUCCUUCGAAAACCUGUUGUGAAGAGCCUUGUAAUAGGAGGCUUGGAAAAACUAAUGAUGACAGUUGCUAAUCGUGGCGAGCUCAACACUGCAUUCUUGUUGCUUGGUCAUUUGUCAGAAACAGCAGCAAAUCCAGAUAAUCCUCAUAAAAAUGAAUCUAAGUUGCUCAAACAUGUCAUCCUCUCCGGGCAGUCUCAUGAAGUUGUCAUGGUCGCCAUUCAUGAGCUGGAGAAGUUGGGUGUUUUCAGGAAUGUGUAUGAAGAUGCUUUAGACUUGAGCUUUGGUGCAAAAAACCCAGGUAAUAUAGUUUAACAUCGCCAAGGGUCAAGGCUAAGAGACACACAAACCAAAACAGUCUAAGAUCUCCACAACACAAGGUUUAUUUUCAACUCUCUUUACAUUACCUAUGAACACAAAGGGCUAUACAGAACAAAACAAAGAGGUGCUAUCCCAAUUCAUAAGAAAGCCUCUGUCACGGUCUAACCACAGGGAAUUCUGUAAGAAACAACAAUAUUUGACUGUGUACAGUAUUGUUCAAAAGUAACGCAAGCGAAAUGCGCGAAUUUCGUUCUUUGUUCCCGCGACUUUUUGUCGAAAGUUCGCAGUUCAAGUGAAAUUUCAUGGCGUAUCGAGCAAUAAUUCGCUUGAACAAAGGGCAAUUUUUCUUCAAAGUUUUGUUAAGCUAAAGAAAUUCGUGAGCACAAACAAUAGUUCGCUAGGCAGUACACGAAAUUUUGCAACGCAUUGAAUGGCAGUUCGGCAGCAUUAGCACAAUUUUCUUUUAGUGACUGAUACGAACAAACUGUCAUGUAACUUACAAGCGAUAAAUUUGUAAAUAUGUGCUAAUAAGUUGUUUGUAAAUACGUGCCAGUUUGCAGUCAUCGAUCACCAAUUAAGGGGAUAACAUUUUAUCUACAAGAAAUAUGUUACUAAAAUCUUACUCAC